AUGGAGAAGCCGAUCCCCGCCUUCUACUGCUGCUAUUUGUUGCGCUCCAAGAACCGCAAGUCGUACUACAUCGGCAGCACCCCCAACCCUGCACGUCGGCUAGGCCAGCACAAUGGCUCGAGCAAGGGCGGCGCGAAGCGGACAUCGCUGCAGACGAAGCGGCCUUGGGAGAUGACAUGCAUCGUGACCGGCUUUCCAUCCAAAUACGCCGCUCUGCAAUUCGAAUGGGCGUGGCAAAACACCCACGCGACUCGACACAUCGACAGAGAUGUUCGCGACGCAAGGGUCGAAGCGCUGCAGAAGAAGACAAAAGCCACGCCAAGCAGGAGAAGGAGGCCACCCAUGUCGCUGGAGGCACGGUUGAAGAACCUGCAUUUUUUACUGGGUGUCAGAAGCUUCAGCAGGUGGCCGCUCCACGUGAGGUUCUUUGCGCCGGAUAUAUUUACGACUUGGGAGAGGCAUACUGCGAAAAUGGCGUCGAAAUUGAGAGCAAGCAUAACAAUACAGCUCACGCCUGCGGACUCCCCAGCACCUAUUGCCGAUCCCUCCACCGGCGAUAUGACUGUAUUCAAGAUUCCCGACGUUAUACAAGCAAUACCCGUAGCAUAUGAGGACUGCAAGCCUCAUGUCGAGAAGGUAAAUUCUUUGGUCGAAGAGCAAAGGCCACGCUCUUGUGGCGUCUGCAGCACAAGUUUGAGUCUCUCCAGCGGCCUUGCAUUAGUGUGCCCGGUCGCGACCUGCCGGAGCACUUGUCAUUUACACUGUCUAUCAAUCCGGUUCCUAGCAGAAGAAGGCAGCCAAGAUGCACUGAUCCCCAUCGAAGGCACAUGCCCAAGCUGCCAUACACCAUUGAAGUGGUCCACCUUGAUGAAAGAACUGAGUCUCCGUACACGAGGCCAGAAGGAGACCGAAGCCAUGUUCAAAAUCAAGCGAAGAAGAAAGCCAGACGCUAUCUCUGAGUCGGAUGCAAUGGAACCACAAGAGCUAGGCGAAGAGGACGAAGAUCUGGACGAGACGUGGAUGGAAGAUGUUGAUGACGGAGAAGCCGUUGCUACAACGUGA